AUGCAUAGGAAUGCCUUCACCAUCUAUGUCCUCAACCUGGCUGGUGCUGAUUUCUUGCAACUUUGCACUCAGGUUGUGCAUUCCCUGAAGUGUGUCCUUCAUGUAAAUAUCAACUACUAUUCUUUUCUCGGCUUUUUAUUUAUGUUUGCUUACUUUGCAGGUUUGUGUAUGAUUGCAGCCAUCAAUGUUGAGCGCUGCCUAUCUGUUAUAUGGCCCAUCUGGUAUCACUGUCAAAGACCAAGACACACAUCGACCAUUGUGUGUGUUCUGCUCUGGACUUUCUGUCUGUUGUUGAGCCUCCUGGUAGGGCUAGGCUGUGGCCGAAUUUUUAGUGUUUCGAAAUAUAAUUUCUGUGAUACUUUUAAGUUUAUCACUACUGCAUUUAUAAUAGUGUUAACUGUAGUUCCUUCUGUGUCCACCCUGGCCCUGUUGGUAAAGAUCAUCUGUGGAUCACACAGGGUUCGUGUGACCAGGUUGUAUAUAACCAUUGCUCUCACAGUGGUGGUCUUCAUAUUUUUUGGUCUGCCCCUUGGGAUUUGUAUGUUCAUUUUGCGAAAGUUUGAGGAGUUUCGAAGAAGUUAUUCUUACAAUAUUCAUGAAGUGAUGAUAUUCCUGUCCUGUGUUAACAGCUGUGCCAAUCCCAUCAUUUACUUGCUUGUUGGCUCCAUUACACACUGCAGGUUUCAAUGUCAGAGUCUGAAGCUACUUCUGCAGAGAGCCAUGCAGGACACUCCUGAGGAAGAGAGUGGAGAGAGGGUUCCUUCACAAAGGUCUGGGGAACUGGAAACCAUCUAA